AUGAGCGUUUUCAAGGGAAUCGGUCUUUGUGCCCUGACCUGGGUGCUACUGUCACUCUUUGCUGAUGCCGCAGCCGCCGCCGGCGUGAAGAGCAUUUUCCUAUUCAAGGACGUUCUACAGUCGAACACCACAGCACUCAAGACCUCGGGCUUUGACACCCUCCUCAUUUUUCGGAUCGGUCUCCUCGAUAAUGGCGAUCUUGUGUACUACUCAACCGGAGACGCGGGCGAGGCAGUCGAUGCUCCCGUGGUGACGAAUGGUUCGUAUGUUGGCGGAACCACGUUGGCGGAAAAGGUUAAAUCCUUCAAAACCGGCACAACCAACAUCAACAGAGUGGAGAUCUCGCUGGUGUCCCAUGACACGACAUUCCAAAUUAUCCGCGACUUGAUCAACGCAGAUGGGACAGGCUCUGAUACUGUGUUGUACAAGAACUUUGAGGUCUUGAAGGCAGAGUGGGGCCUCGACGCAUUCAACAACGACGAUGAGGGUGUCUAUGACGUGGCGAGCACAGUCAGUUUUGCCCAGAUGCUAGGGGAGAUGGGGUAUCAGUAUUCCAUUGCGCCUUACACCAACAGCGGCUUCUGGGCGAACGUCAGGACGCAAGUUGAAUCCGCAAACCCAGGCUUAUUCGAUAGGGUGUAUCUCCAAGUCUACGAUGGUGGGUCUGGCAACAACCCUGGAACAUGGCAGACUACCCUCGGCAUGAAGGUGAUCCCUCUUGUAUGGGUUGUCAAUGAUGCAAAGCCGUCUCAAGGAACGACCGCGGCACAGGCUCAGCAGCGAUUCGAAACCUGGUUCUCGCAAUACGCCGUGGCAGGCGGGGGUUACUGGAAUGAUUAUGACAUUGAGAAGAUGGACUCAUCUUACACGGAUUAUGGAGCAGCACUUACUAGUAUUUUCUGA